CAGAUAAAGGUGUGCCUAGGUCACCUACCAGUCACUGGGCAACUGCCGUGACACACUCCUCACACCUGACACUGCUCAGAGGAAAGCCAGGCAGCUUGUGACAGUUUUCCCAGCCAGAGAAAAUCUGGCUCAGCAGGCAGGUUCCCAUUCGUGCAGUCACCAGAGACAAAGCUUGGUGCAUUAGGAUCCUUAGCUCCACUGGGCAGUGACUGCUCAGCCCUGCAGGGACCAAGAUGAUCCUCAGGAGAAACUUCCCCAAAGGCUUUUGCAUUGGGCUGAUUCUGGUCAUUGCUGUCAACAUCCUUCUGGUAUUUUAUACCAAGGAGACUUUACAAAACUUGAUUCUGGGGCAUCUGCACAAGGAGUUUCAUUUGCCCCCACCAGAGUGGGACGGAGCCAUGAUCAAGAGACUCUCUCGCUUGGAAAUGGAUCUGCAGCAUCUGAAAGAUGGUAUGCAACUGGUUAUGAAGCAACAAGAAAACGAGGACCACACACAAAAGAGGAUAGAAGAUGAAGUUCACCCUGCUCAAAAGGCAGUGGAAACUCCUGAGAGGGAGACAAAGAAGCAGCAGAAUAGACCCCCAAAGAAACUCUUCCCGAACUCGCCGCUCUUCAAGCAGUGGGGUGACAAGCUUUCUGAAGCCCAGCAGAAAGAGGCCGAGGAUCUGUUCCAGAAGUUUGGUUACAACGCCUACCUCAGCAACCAGUUGCCUCACAACCGCACCCUCAUGGACACACGAGAUUUCAGGUGUGUUCAGAAGUCAUACCCUUCCCUACUCCCAUCCCUUGGUGUCGUCAUCAUAUUCAUGGAUGAAUCUCUGUCCAUUAUACAACGGGCCAUCACCAGUGUCAUCAGCCGGACCCCACCUCGGUUGCUGAAAGAGAUCAUCUUGGUGGAUGAUUUCAGCUCAAAUGAAGAACUAAAGGUAUCCUUGAAUGAGAAGAUUAAGCUUUACAACCAGAAGUAUCCUGGAUUGUUGAAAAUGAUACGGCAUAGUGAGAGAAGAGGUCUUGCUCAAGCACGCAACACGGGCUGGGCAGCUGCCACUGCUGAUGUGGUUGCCAUCUUGGAUGCUCAUAUUGAAGUGAACGUUGGGUGGGCAGAGCCCAUCUUGGCUAGGAUUCAGGAAGACCGCACCGUGAUUGUGUCUCCUGUGUUUGACAAAAUUUGUUUUGAUACUUUACAACUGAAAAAGUAUGGACUGGCAGUGCAUGGGUUUAACUGGGAACUAUGGUGCCGGUAUGAUGCACUGCCACAAGCCUGGAUUGAUCUGAAUGAUGUCACUGCUCCAGUGAAGAGUCCUUCCAUCAUGGGCAUCAUGGCUGCCAACAGACUGUUCUUGGGAGAGAUUGGGGCUCUGGAUGGUGGAAUGCUGGUCUAUGGAGGAGAGAACGUGGAACUUAGCCUGAGGGUGUGGCAGUGUGGAGGGAAGAUUGAGAUCUUACCCUGCUCCCGGGUGGCUCAUCUAGAGAGAUACCCCAAGCCCUACGCGUGGGAUCUAAGCAUUUUCUUGAAGCGCAAUGCUCUGUGAGUGGCUGAAAUCUGGAUGGAUGAAUACAAACACAUGGUCUACCUGGCCUGGAACAUACCUCUCCAGAACUCUGGAAUUGAUUAUGGAGACAUUUCUUCCAGAAUUGCACUCCGGAAGAAAUUGAAAUGUAAAACUUUUGACUGGUACCUGAAAAAUGUUUAUCUACUCCUGAAGCCGACCCUCAACAUUGUGGGCUAUGGAAGAAUGAAAAACUCAUUGGAUAAGAGUAUCUGCCUGGAUCAAGGACCUGUGCCAGGCAAUACCCCCAUCAUGCAUCCCUGCCAUGAAUUCAGUCCACAGAACAUCUACUACCACCAAACUGGGGAAUUCUACGUGGGAAAACUAAUUGCAGAGGCAAACUUUAAUGAGCGCUGCCUCACAGAUCCUGGCCAUGGGGAAAAUCCUACUUUAGAGCCAUGUUCUACGGCAGCCCGAAGUGGACUACACAUACAUUGGGAUUUUAAACAGGCUCCUACUUAGUUGUGCAGUUCUGCUUUGCCAUGUGGUCCCACCAUGGUGCUGUCUCACCACAGGCCCAAAGCAACAGGACCAAAUGAUUAUGGACUACAACUUCUAAAACUG